CACCCACCCUCUCACCCACCCACCAAUCUUCAUCUCUCCCUUUAUUUUCCUUUUCUGCAGAAGACGAAGGAAGAGGAAGAACCAGGAGAGGAAGAGAAGGAACGAAUCAAGGAAAGCCUCGAUGAUCUCGACCUCUCCCAACUUGUGUUGUCGCCUUCUCUCUGCGAUUCAGCUCGGUCGUUGUCUCUUUCUCUCUCUAUGAUGCCAAAUUUUCGACGAUAAAGCAGCAACCUUGCUAAGGAAGGAGGUUCGUUUGAUUUCUGGUUAGCUAGGUAGAAGUACUUUCUCCUUCUAUUUUUCUUUCUGCAAACAACGAAGACAAGGGAAGGCAUGAAUGACGACGAUAGUGCGAUUAGAAGGCCGGCAAUGGGCGCCAGUGAUGGUCCUGGCGAUAGCAUUUUCUAUCAGGAAGAAGGAAGUGAUUCCUCGACCGACGACUAACAUAUGCAAGAAGAAAAUAGCCUCCCGCAAGAGCUGCGGCACCUAUCAAUGCCGACCAAGGCAUGAUAGUGGAGCUAGUUGUUGUUGGUAUAGAUUUCCGGAGGUAGCAGAGGCGACGAGGGUUGCCCACUGCUCUCUAGCACUCUCUAGUUCUCGCUAUGAUAUGGAGAAUGCAAAGAAGAAGACAAUGAGUGAGCUGUAAGCAGCAACGUAAAGUAUGAUUCCCCCCAUAAAAUCUCUUGGUCGUAGUUUAGGAGGAUGAAGAUGGCGAACAUGAAGGCAGAAAAAGAAGGAAGAAGAAGAUCAAAAAAUCCGACAGUCUGUUACGGAAUAGAGCUGCCAUGGGUUCUCCUCUACACGCACUCAAUUGUAGUGAGAGAGAGAGAGAGAGAGAGAGAGAGAGAGAGAGAGUGUGUGUGUGCGUGCGUGUGUGGCAGGGUAACAGUCCAAACAUAACAUACUAGGUUAGUAUUUGAUUCCUGGUCUCUUUUAGUUUUACUCAUGCUGAAGAGAGCUGCUAAGGUAAGACGACAUCACCAGGUGAUGAGAGGGCACCAGCGGGUCAUGAAAAAAGAUGAAGGUUUUUUAAGCACUUUGUAUCUAUAUGUUCUUUUGAUCCCUAUAAACUAGAUUUUCAUUUUCCCUAAUGAAGCUAAUUACGGUUGACAUUCUUCACCUAUGUACUUUGUAUUGUUGUGUACACUGUAGUUUGUUUGCUCAUAUAUAUAGCAAAGGCUAGCGUAUGACGGUCGUACGUUGUACGCCUGUGUUCACACUUGUUAAUAA